AUGAAGCCAAACGGAUCGAAUGGACGGGGAUUCAUCAUUUCUUGUUUCUUCUUCAUUGUAUUCCUCUGUAUUUUAGCAUUUGUCAAUGAAAUUCGAUUUGACAGUCUAAUGAAAUUUGGAAAAUGUGCUUUAACUCAUACUUCCCACAAUUCAUCUGCAGAAAAUUUUCUUCUUGCAAAUUUGACCACUGCAAAUUCAUCUUCUGAUGAUAUAAGAAUACUCAUUGGGAUUUUGACACUACCUGAUCAAUAUCAGAAAAGACACUUCUUGAGGCUUAUCUACGGCACGCAAUCUCCGGUCGGAGGACGAGUCGAUGUGAAAUUUGUGUUCUGCAAUCUCACUAAGGAAGAUCAAACGGUGUUGGUGGCACUAGAGAUCAUGCGUUAUGAUGAUAUCAUAAUCAUGAAUUGUCAAGAGAAUAUGAACAAAGGUAAAACCUACACUUACUUUUCGAGCUUGCCGGAGAUGCUAAACACCAAGGAUGGGCCAUAUCCACCUUAUCAUUAUGUGAUGAAAGGGGAUGAUGAUGCAUAUUUCAGGUUACAAAGUUUAGUAGAUUCUUUAAGGCCAUUGCCUAGAGAAGAUUUGUACUAUGGAUAUGUUAUCCCGUGCCCUAGUAUGGAUCCAUUCGUACAUUACAUGUCCGGUAUGGGCUAUUUAGUUUCUUGGGAUAUCGUCGAAUGGGUUAGGGACUCAGAUAUUCCAAAGAAUCAUUUGGAAGGACCUGAGGAUAAAAUUUUUGGCGAGUGGCUACGAGAUGGUCAUCGUGGAAAGAACAGGUACAAUGCUAAAUGGUCGAUGUACAAUUAUCCCGAGCCUCCCACGAGAUGUACACAUGAACUGUGGCCGGACACCAUUGCCGUUCACCUUUUGAAGACACAAGAGAAGUGGAUUCGGACAUUGAAGUAUUUUAAUGUCACACAAAACUUGAAACCUUCUAAAUUGUAUCAUAUACCAUAA